UUGUAAUAGUUGGUAACAUCAUUUGUUCACACGAUGGCGUCUGGCGGUGCAGAAAACACGGCGGAGGAAAGGACUGAGCCAGCGACGCCGGCACAACCCCUCACCAAUGUUGUGAGCGAAACAGCGCACAGGAUACUAGCAAUGAAUAAGGAUUCUGAUUUGUCCGGUGUGCCACCAAAGAAGUCACGUGUCGAAGUACAAUCUCUUCCAACGAGGCAGUACUUGGAUCAGACCGUAGUUCCAAUAUUGUUACAAGCCCUCUCCAGUUUAGCCAAGGAAAGACCAGCUGACCCCAUUAGCUUUCUAGCCGGAUAUUUACUAAGGAAUAAAAAUCAAUAUGACAAUGGUGAAUCUCCACCAACUAGUCAAUGAAAUGCCUACGCUUUUAUAAGUAUGUGGUGAAAUUGAAGAACCGUUUAUAAACACUUAUUGACAU